AAACAAUGUCAUCGGAAUUUCGGAAUCCAACCCUAUUUCCCCUUUCCCUCUCGCUUUCCCCAAUUUCGCCGAGACGAGCCAGAUCCAUUUUGAAUUUCGAAGGCGGAGAAGACGACGCCCGAUUGAUUAUUUUUCUUGAUCUCUUCGAUUCGAAUUCGUACUGGUUUCGAAUCGGGAGCUCGUAAACGAUGGGCGAUUUCAAUCUCGCUCUCGUAAUCGUCGCUAUAGUCGUCUGUGUAAUCGUCUUCAUCUUCAAUGUGUACCUUCUGGUUAAUUACCAGCACCCCGAUGACAAGAAUCAGGCGUAUUUUCCUAAAUUUGUCGUCGUUUUCGGCCUGACCGUUGCGUUGAUCUCCAUUUUGAUGUUACCCGCCGACGUCGCUAACCGGCAGGCCUGCAAGCACGCUUUGUAUAAUGGCGCUUGUAACCUCACGUUACCUAUGAAGGAUCUAUGGCUCGCUGUCUAUAUUGUCGAUGCUGUGCUCGUCUUCUUCGUUAUUCCUUUUGCCAUGUUCUACUACGAAGGAGACCAGGACAAGAGCAUUGGCAAAAGGAUGAAAAGCGCGUUGAUAUGGGUUGUGGUAAUGGCCAUUGUCUGUGGUCUCCUGUUGGGAAUUUUAUACGGGCUUGUUGGAGAAGUCGACUUCACCGUUAUGCAUCUCUCUUCAAGCACUACUAAUUUUCCUAGUUCCUGGCAGUUCUCUAGUGGUCAACCGUGCAUUGGAACUGGUGCCCACCAGUGUUCUGCAUAUACGGCAAAUGCUUCAUCAGAGAAAACAUGGACAAUGCGUACUACUUUUCCAGAAUAUGUUGUUGCCCUUGCCACUAUUGUUGGAUCCGUACUAUUCUCUAUAUUCGGGGGUGUUGGCAUUGCUUGCCUGCCCUUGGGCCUCAUUUUCUCAUUCGUUAGGCGUCCAAAGGCUGUAAUCACUCGCUCACAAUAUAUCAAGGAAGCAACAGAAUUAGGAAAAAAAGCAAGAGACCUGAAGAAAGCUGCUGAAGGGCUCCACCAGGAAGAAAGAAGUGGUUCUAAGGGUAGAAAAUGGCGGAAGAAUGUGUGAUUCAGUUCUGCUCCACGGCAUUUGCAUAUUAUGCACGAGCGACUGCAGCACAAGAAAUAUUUGGACACACAUUGCAGUCUCUUCGUGGUAUCAGAUACUUGUACAAGUAUAAUGUGUUCCAAAUAGCAUUCAUCGCAUUGGCGGGAUUGACCUUCGUGUAUUAUGCUGCCUUCGGAUGGAGAAGAAAGAAGCCUUCUGGCAGGUUCCAGCUUUCCUCGUAAAAAAUUGUAUGUUUUGCCUCGACAAAUUGAAAACCCGACCUGGCCAACAAAUUCUCUCUCGUUCGUCAUCUUUUUUAGAUUAAUUUGAUUUUGAAGGUCGUGUUUGGUGGAGUUUUUCAUUGUUGAACCUUGUCAAGUCAGGCAGGAAACAUCCGGAUCCCAGUGGUCACAAUAUACCAAAUGACAUAGUGAGUGGUGCUGCAGCUUCUUGACUGUUUGUACUUUUAAAAGGCUUUUGUAUGUAUUGUUUCUUUGAUUUGUGUUAUAACAUUGGCUUAGGCAUGUAAAAUUAAAGGAUUGUUGGUUCUUUUGCACAUGCGAAAACUGGUUUCUAGGAAAUGCCUUUCUUUGUAAUAUAGCCAAUUGAGGAAUAGUUGUAUCACAUCUACUUCAUAUUUAUGCUUUUA